AGGGCGCGGAGAGCUCAGGGCGGCGACGACAACGGCGUUGAUAUCGGUGGUAACAACGGCCUCAGCAGGCGGGGAAGAUGAAAGGGAGCCGGAUCGAGCUGGGAGAUGUGACACCACAUGAUAUUAAACAGUUGAAGAGAUUAAACCAGGUCAUCUUUCCAGUCAGCUCCAAUGACAAGUUCUACAAGGAUGCGCUGGAGGUUGGCGAGCUAGCAAAACUUGCCUAUUUCAAUGGCAUUGCAGUACGUGCAGUAUGCUGUAGGGUGGAUCAUUCACAGAAUCAGAAGAGACUUGACAUCGUGACACUAGGAUGUCUGGCACCAUACCAAAGGCUAGGAAUAGGAACUAAAAUGUUAAAUCAUGUCUUAAACAUCUGUGAAAAAGAUGGCACUUUUGACAACAUCUAUCUACAUGUCCAGAUCAGCAAUGAGUCUGCAAUUGACUUCUACAGAAAGUUUGGCUUUGAGAUUAUUGAGACAAAGAAGAACUACUGUAAGAGGAUAGCGCCCGCUGAUGCUCACGUGCUGCAGAAAAACCUCAAAGUCCCUUCUGGCCAGAACGCAGAUGUGCAAAAGACAGACAACUGAACAAAUUACAGAUGAACUUUCUUGCACUUGCUUGUCACCAAAGAAAAGAGAGGCCCAUUGAUUCCCCCCCCCUCCUUUCUUUUAAAGCUUUCCCCCUUCCUUGUUCUUGUGUUUCCUCCUUUCAAAACUUCCUUCCCUUUCCUCUAAAAGUUUUAAACUUUCAAGGACUCAUUAAUCAUGUUUGGAUUGUUUUAGUUUUCUUAUUUUUGUGAGGUGGUUUGAUUGUAGGAAGGAGAAGGUAUCGAUCUGUUUAGUUUCA